AUGGCUCCUCCCACAGGUGAAUAUGAUUCCAAUAAUCAAGUUGAUUAUAGAGCUAAUAAUUCCAGCCAAAGCCAGUCUGAAAAUGCUAAUGAAGGAGUGGAGAAGGUUUCCACACAAGAUGCAAGCCAAAAUCAGCAUUCAAUUGCGUCCAGCAGCGCAAAGCGCAGGAGGGCCAAAGUACACGAAGAGAACAGCAACUACUCCUGGGAAACUAAUGAGCCCAGUGAACGGGCGAGCAAGAGAUCACGAAUUAGUGGGGAAAGUUCCACGAGUUCUGAAUUGGAGGAAAAUAGAGCACCUAGUGAUGAACAAAUAGCUCGGUACAGAGAGUUAGGUGUGCGUUACCAGGAGUGGAUUGAGGAUGCCAGCGCACUAGGGUGUAGAAUUCAACCUGCAAAAUUAACCGCAGCCCAAUUGUUCGAAGUACCACAACCAUGGGAUCGCGAUGAGUGGCAAUAUACAGAACGUCCCACGAUAUUGGACAAUGCAGACCCUGAUUCCAUGGACCUUCAGUCCUCAAAUUACCGGUCUGUGACUGCCUCGCAGUGGGACACCUCGGUACUAGAGUACAACUUCUACAGCCACAUAAAUGGUCUUGGUAUUAUUCUUGGCAAUAAUAUCAGCCGGGAGAAUGGACCUUUUUGGAAUGAAGUCGCUACGGCCCUAUACGAGAUUGACUUUCCAAUCUCCACCCUCAGACAUAUCGCGUUCUGUAAUGUCGUGAAUGAAGAGACGGGGCCCUAUAUAAAGUAUACACUCUACCCCCGACAUAAUAUGCUAUGGGAGAAUGCGAGAGAUAACCCAUGCAAGAAGUUUGAGCGCGGUACCGAUUCAUACCAUGAAAUCCUCGGAACACAGUUGGGCAAGGCGGCGGCCUCUCUUGUCAUAUCUUCAUUUCCUAGGGGCUCAAUGAUGAUUAGACGGAUUGUCACUUGGGCCGAUGUGUAUGAUGUGCAGAUUCGGUUUGAGAUUGUACCGCUACUUGACUAA